CAGUAUAUAUAUGAUAUAUAGCAUGUAGAAGUGUGUAUUUUACAGUAAUAUGACGGACUAUACUCAUUAGCACACAUUUUUUAUUUUGAUUGAUUAUUUGUAAAAUUUAUAAGAGCGUCUGCGGUAAGCUUCCUGACGUCACACACGCCACAAACGACACCCAACUGACGUCAUUUUUUACGUCAAAGGAUGACACGCUUUUUUAUACGCAUGCGUAAAGUACAUCGCUGGGCUUUCCUCCGAAGUGUUUCUGAUAUUUGCUGCCCUCUAGCGGCGUUUGUUGUCAACCCGGGCUGGUUAGACGUUACCAUAGAAACCGCCCCGCGAGCCUUUUGAGUUUGGAUCCCAAGCAAACGACAACAUGGCAAACAAAAUGACCUCCAUGCCCGAUUUUAAAACCUACCGCACGAGCGUGAAAAUUGGAAACUGGAGGGAGGAACAGCACUUGGAAGAGCAUGUGAAGAACAAGUACUUGCUUAAAAAAGAAAAGGGGGAGCUGAUCGCCCAGAGAGUGGACUCCCUCAGGAACAACAUCCUCAGUCCGGUGAAACUGAGCGUGACAACGGAUGGUGCACUGCACUUUGGAGAUGUUGUCAUGUUGUUGAACAUCGGUGAACUGGGCCAGUGUUUAACACUGGGCAUCAACGCGCACAUUAACCACAUGACCAAGAUUCCUUCUCCUGCUAUUAAAGGCCCGUGUGGAGUCAGUGCAGGUAGAAGCGUUCAGCCCUGUGUGCGCACGGCGUUCAUUAUUACCAGUGUGGAUGGCACUCCUGAAGGAGCAAUGCUGCAUUAUGAGCAAAGUUUUGCCUUGAAAACAACAAGUGACUUCACCGGCAGCAUGUACCUAACGAGUGACGUGAAGACGUUCCGGAAGUCCGCUGUGAGGUCUCGUCUCCAGGAGGUCAACUUGGACAAUAGUGAAUGCUUCCAAUCCUGGUGGAAGUUGGUGCACUUUGACCCUCAGGAAAGGCUCGAGCACGAGGGUCUGCCUGUACCCGCCAACCUCAACGUGGUCGUCCUCCACUCCAAGACCAACCAGGCUCUGGCUAUCACGGAACAUCUUGUCCCAGGCACCACAUACGGCACUGAAUAUGAGGUGACCGCCCAUACUUUCUUGGACAGUCACAAAGCUGAAAAAUCCAAUAACCACUGGAUCCUGUGCACCGGUGACCCGGCCGGGGACGGCCUCCUGCUUCUCAAUCGCCUGAAAUCCGAGGGCAACUGCAUAACGUUACCGCGGGAAAACCCAGACGAUCCAACGGAGUUUCUCAGGUGUAGUGUGUGUAAUUAUAGGGAAGAUAGGUUUGGUUCUUAAAAAAAAAAAAAAAAGAACGUUUUCUAUAUUUGGAUGCCCCCACACACAAACUCUGUCCACCCCAACAUACACAUAUUUGUCCAUCAGAAAUGUAUAUGUUCCCAUAAGAAUUUGAGAAGUUUUCUCAAACACGAGGGGUGGUCAUCUAUUGUGAUUCCUAAAAAUAACAAUAAUAGAAAAUGUGAUAUGGAAGCCCAUGGUGAAGUAUUUUUCCCCACACUCUGGGAAAAAAAAACAUUAUUACAGCUUUCGGGCCUAUAAUGGCUUGUUGCUGGCAUGUUAGAGGAACUUAAGUUCCCUUGACUCCUGCUUGGGAAAAAAACAUCUUGUCAUGCCUUUAGGUUACUUGAACACUAUAUUGUCCAUAUGUGUGUAUAUAAGUGUGUCAUAAAUUGAAGUGUGCCCAACAUUUUUUACUGGCAA